AUGGUCACCUCCCUGGGUGCCUCAAUGGAAGGUAAAAUUGUGAUUUAUCAAGAAAUGGCAACCCUAACGGGCAUUCUAGUAGACGUGUCAGAAUCCAUGGAGCGAAAUAUUGGUGGCCCAGUUGAUGAGGAGGGUGGAAGCUGGGCACGGUCCAUCUUCAAAGUCCUAGAUGGUCUAAUAAAACAUGAUGUUACUAAAAAGAAUCACGUAUUUGGCCUGGGAGUCGGAGCACGCUAUGAACCGCAAGUAUUUGACAUGUUAAAUACCAUAAAGAAAGCCCAAUCGGAAUCUUCUGCUAACCGCCAGAGAAGAAGUUUGAGUAAAUGGGGAAUACUUAAUGAAAUAUUAUCCAUCCUUGAAAGAAACGGCGCACCAAGAGUAAGGACAUGGGCCAAAAUGAAUGUCUUGAUGAGUGUUGUGACAGACACAGAAGCUAGUAUGUUCCUUGGGAAACUCUUAAAUGGCUCAGACUUCAGAAGAAGAUUUGUGGAUGAAUGUUUACCAAAGGAAUGCAAAGAACUCGAGCGUUCAUUAAGGUCUUAUGGUAAGGAAGGUCUUUUCUUCAUGGGUGGAUAUUUUGAUGGUGCCCAGGAAUAUGCCACAAAGGAUGCUGUCCAGAAAGCAGUCGAUAAAGGAAAAAAACUUGCCCAUGAAUUGUCUCUGGUUGGUAUCAGUCCAGCCGCAGUGAUGAAUGUACAAAAGGCAUCAGAAAUACUACAUGGGUCCAUAGGUGAAGAGGAGGAACUUACUAAGCAUCGUGUUGAUGAACUGAUGGAAACGGUGAAGCCAUUUAUAUAUGGUGGUACUCCCUUGAUGAGAACAAUGAAGGAAUCUGUAUCCCUGUUCAGCAAGCCUGAAUUCAAGCAACACCAUAAGCUGCUCUUUAUUCUCUCUGAUGGGGAGCCUGGUGAUGGAUAUAACCCCCCUCUGAGGGAAUUAUCCAACUAUGAUGUGACAAUAAUAUGUUGUUACAUCACCAACAAAGCAAUUGCAGAUCCACGCCGCCUUUACAGUGUUGCAUCUGAAUGUUGGGAAAAACCUGCAAAAUUCAUGUUCAAAAUGAGCUCCACGAUCACAACACAAAUGAUACCACGCACAAUAUUUGUGAAACGAGGAUGGAACAUUGAUAUAGAGAACAAUGAAACACAUCUGUUCUUUCAAGUGAAUCAUCCUGAUAUGAUCGAAGAUGUUUGUGACCUGGCAAGAAAUGUUGUGUGUUGCCAGGAUUCACUUUCUGAUAUGCUCGCCUCAGUCUCCCUUGAUCUCUACAUCAACCAAGUCAACCAAGACUUCAGUGCCAAGGGAAAUAAAGAAAGGGCAUGUUACGCCAAUGCCUCUGCAGCAGUGUUACACCUUGCAAUGAAGCGAAUUGUUGGCCGUGAAGGUGGCUAUCCAGACUUCUUUGAUCUGCGUAAACAGAUGAUCGACAAGAAUAUUGAGAAAGGAGUCAAUGUAUUGCGUGUGCUAGAAGAGAUGUGUCUAGGAUAUCGACUACACUGCGAAAAGAUGGACCUUUUGAAAGCUUUGAAAGCUAUCACUGCAAAACGCCCAGUGCUUGUCCAGUUCCGACUGACGGAUCAUGAAUGGGACUUAUUCUCAGACUUUUACAAAAAACACCCUGAUGGUAUCUUAACAAAAUCUGAUCUCAAUAUCACACAACGUUCCUAUGUUGCUGAAGUUAUUGGCCAUGCAGUUGUUCUCACCAGCUACAACGGUGAAUGUUUGCGCAUGAUGAACUCCUGGGGCAGCGACUGGGCUGAUGGGGGUUUCUUCAGAGUACGGGAUGCUGAUAUCCUUGGCCUUGAGUUUAUAGAUGUGAAGUGGACCCAGGAUGACUUAAAGCAAAGUGAGAUUGAUGCAUACAAGCAGCAAGGACCUAGCUUGGCAUCAAAACUGAUGUCAUCCCUGAAAGGUCUACAAACAGCGAUGUACAAAUGCCCUCUUUGCUCUAAAGAGUCAAAGGUUGUUGACUAUAAAGGGAAACUCCUAAGGGUCGUUUGUCCAUGUUGCAAUGGAUGGUUCAAAACUAAAGAGGCAGGAGAUGACCUUGCCUUGAACAUGUACUUGACCUCCCUCUCUCAUUAGACAGUAUAUGUACUUUGUUUAGCGAAGAGGACAUUUUACCCUUUCCAGUGCUCAGUGCUUUGAAGUAAAUAUCCAGAACUUAGAACUAUGAAGUAAAUAUUUGAUGCUUAGAAUCAUGAAGAUAUUCAAUGCUUUGUAUGCUAAGAAGAUAUCAAAUGCUUCGAAGUAAAUAUUCAGAACAUAAUACUGUAAAUUAAAUAUCCAAUGCUUAGAAUCUUGAAGAGAAUAUUCAAAGAUAUCCAUGCAUAGUAUUUUGAAUAGCCUUGCCCAAGUCAGGAUUUUUUACUUAUCUGAUCUUGAAUUAUUACCGGCAGUCAUAAUAGAAAUCAAGAUAAGUAAAAGAGGCCAACUUGGGCAAGGCUAUAUUUUGAAGUAAACAUUGAAUACUUUGUACUAAUUAAAGAAGAUAUUCAAUACGUAUUUAGAAGUUAAUAUUCAAUGCUUAAUAUUCUGAAUUAAGUAUCCAAUGCUUUGUAUCAUAAAAUGCAAACUAUUCAAUGCACAGUCAGAGU